AAGAGGAAGUCACUCUUUGAAAACUAAUCUUAGUUGUAUUUUAAAAGCACAAUAGAUCUAGAUCUUUUUGAUCAUAGCAUUUGUAGAAUUAUCAAUAGGCUUAGACUAGAAGUUGGUUCAAUAUAUGUAGAUCUAGACCUAAAUUACUGGUCUACUUAUACAGAAUUCUCUGACAAUGUUGCCAAAGCUAGGCCGGUCAUUACUCAACGAGAUAUAUUAUUUAAUCUUCGCGUGGUCUCUUUUAUUUCUUGUGAAGUUUGGUGAUACAGGUGAUAGUGGACUACAGAUCCGUCAUAAUGGUACCACAUUUUUAAUAACGAUUCCGAACUUGCCCUACCUACAGAGAGACUCAUUCAUAAGUCUGUGUAUGACAUCCACGGUAAAACCAGAACUUGAAAAUAAAGUAGAAGUAUCUUACGAUGGCAAACGGUUAGAUGUUGCGUAUAUCGGGACUCAUAGUCGUCUACAAACUGAAAAUAUAAAAUUAUAUGGGAUGGACAUCAAGGAAAACAGCCGUGUAUUGUCAUGGUGGGUUGAACCUUUUAUAAUCACAAGCAGAUACCCCAUAUUUUUAUCAGUCUUUGUGGUCAAUUAUGCUGAUCAAACCAGCACGGCUUCUUUUCAAGCUUUGCCUAUGGAGUCGUGGGGCAGAAGCUACGUCAUCGUUACACUAAACCAACAUCCUUCCCUUCACAUAAUGACUAUCAGAUAUCAGGAAGCCUGGGUAGAAUUGAAGUGCUCUGCCCCUUGCAGCUCUCACAACAACGGCUCAGUACAACUCUACAGUUUGAGGGCAGUUACAGUCAAUUUCUGUGCAGAUAGCUACACUGGCAAUCUUACUGGAACGAAAAUAACCGCACAAAAUCCAAUAGGAGUUAUCGCUGGAAAUUGCUGGAGUGGAAUAGAAAAAAAUUGCAACACUUUCGGAGUUAUCAAAGAUAUGACUUUAGAAAUGUUCCUGCCAACUGUAAGUUUUGGCAAAGAGUUCAUAACCUUUAAGGUUUACAGCGUUAGAUUUCAAUAUGAAGUAGAGAACCUGAUCCUUUCUGUGACUGACAGCACUCGUGUCGCCAUAAUAUCAAAGAGAUCGUAUGUCAGCGUCACUAUACCAAAGGCUGGAGAUACGCAUUCUUUCUCCUUUCAAGGACAAGACGGGCCUCAAAUGAUUACAAGCAAUCACCCCAUACAAGUCAUGCAGAUUUUCAGACCUUACUGCUUGGACUCAGUUAGAAACUUGUAUAGUUUCGGUGGAGUGGCGCUCUCUCUGUUGCUUCCAACAAAUAUGUACUUCAAUUUUUACUCUUGGAGCAUACCGAUUCCGGGAUGGUUAGCGACUAUGGUCAUUAUUAAACAGAUUGGUGUCCAAGUCGAAGUGUUAGAUGAAAAGCAAACCACUAUCAAUAGUACUACCUGGAAAGCGGGAAAAGAACCUUGGCUAGUCGGUGAAUUCAAGAUCCGCAAACAAUACCAAGCUUCAUCCGAAUCGCUAUUUGGUUGUUAUGUUUUUGGCAUUGAUGCCAGGAUAACUUACAUGCAUAUGGCUGGGUAUUCAUUGAAUGUUGAAUGCAACACCAGUCAACCAGAGCCUUCUGAUAACAUCGACAAUGAUUGUGAUGGGUUGAUUGAUGAAGAAGUUGAAGAUGGCCGAGACAGUGAUCAUGAUUUUUUAGUGGACGAAGACAUCAAGAAGAAAAUUAAUGGCGAGUGGAGCAAGUGGGAAGGCUGGCAGUGUCACAAUGACACACACCAGACAAGGGCACGUUAUUGCAACUCUCCUAAACCUGAACAUGGUGGCAACAUGUGUCAAGGAACGUCUAAAGAAAGUAUAUUUGUCAACAUGUGUGGAGCAAUAACGACACCGAAACCUAAUUUUGGUGUUUGGAGUCAGUGGAGCGAGUGGGACUGUAGCAUACCUUGUAGUGAUGGAACUCAGCUCAUUCAACGAUUAAGACAAUGUGUCACAGUGAACACAGCCUACGGACAACAUUGUGCAGGAAAGAAGGGGGACAUACGACCUUGCUCUUUAUGUAAAGAAAACUCUGGUGGUGUAUGUGCCUCCUUUCACUGGGGAGAAGCCUGUGAGAAAGAGUGCUACAAUUGCCAAGAUCCAUGCUCUAAGCACGAAGGGAUUUGCUCAGGCUGCAAGGCUGGUUACAAAAAUUUCCUCAACGCCUGCGAAGAAGCCUGUGGUUGGGAUGAGUAUGGUGAGGAUUGCAAGUUCAGCUGUAUGGAGAAGUGUGGGGCGGAUUGUGGAGAGCGCAUGUUCGGAACCUGUUUAGCCUCUUUUAAUGUCUUGUAUAUUCUGAUGGUUUUAUUUCUAAUACUUCCUUUAUUGACAAUACUUCACGCCUUAACAAAGCACAAACAAUCAUUGAUAGUGGACGAACAGUCCGAUUACGCAAAGUUCUCUAGUACAACAUCUGGGACAACUUCGUCUUUGACUGGUUUAAACAAGCACAGCCCAAAUAAGCCUAGCUCAACCGAUAUUGACCCAAUUCAACCAAUCGAAACCGAACCCAACAUACCCGAAUCCAAUAAAGCCGAACCUAAACAACGCAAAUCCAGUAAAACGGAACCAAACCAACCCGAACCCCAACAACGCAAAUCCAGCAAAUUGGAAUCAAACCAACCCGAACCCCAACAACGCAAAUCCAGCAAAUCAGAACCAAACCAACCCGAACCCAAACAACGCAAAUCCAGCAAAACGGAACCAAACCAACAAGAACCCAAACAAGGCAAAUCCAGCAAAACGGAACCAAACCAACCUGAACCCAAACAAGGCAAAUCUAGCAAAACAGAACCCAACCAACUCAAAUCCAUCAAAAUGGAACCAAUUCAACCCGAACCCAAACAACGCAAAUCCAGCAAAGCGGAACCCAUCCAACGCAAAUCCAUCAAAUCGGAACCAAACCAACCCGAAACAACGCAACUAACCCAACCCCAACAAAAUUGAACCCAUUCAACUUAAAUUCAGAUCACAAGCAAGGACAAUCUUGUGAUAGCUGAAAGUGUAGUUACUAGACACAAAAGGACUAUGGCAAUAAACUGGAAGAUCUCCAUAGAAACCUUGUGAGAGAUUGCACGUUCAAUGGUGACACAAAUAUAACAGUAAUUACAGUUUUGUUGGGCUGCUGGCGACUCACGUCUUAUAGAAGAAAUAGUUGCACAGCGAGCCAGUCCCUUAGUCUGUAUGUUCAUUGGGGCACCACGCAAUAUUUAUCGACCAUGUUUCUCCAUUUCUGUCUUUAUCCUUGGAUAUAGCCUCUUCCAAUGACAGGCCCUUCCAUUCUUUGAUGUUGUCCUCUCAUCGCUUUCUCUGUCUGCCUGUUCUUCUUUAUUCCUGGUACUGUUCCCUGAAGAUCCUGUUUUUUUGUUUUUUUUAUAAUUUUUAGCAGAUCAUCGUGGUGGUCUCUUGGUUUGUGAUGUGAUCUUUAAAAGAAAUAUGAAGGAGAAACACACAAAGUGAAAGAGAGAUGAAGAAAAAAAAAGACAAAAGAGAAAGACAGAGAGUGUGAAGAGAAAAAAAAGAGAAAACAUUUUAAAAAGAGAGAAAGAGGAAUAAGAAGCUAGAGAGACGGGGGAAUUAAAACAAAUAAAUCGUGAUUAAUAUAAGGCUUAAGAAAUAGUGAGAUAAAAGUGGCUAGGGGUCAGAAAAAAAGUGGAAAAAUGUCGGACAAUAUUGACCAACGAAAAAUGAGAAAGUGGAAGAAAUAGUGAAAGAAUAGAGAAAGAGAUAAUUAGAGAGAAAGAGAGGGAGAGAUGGAGAAAACAUAAAAAAAAAAUAAAAGGUUAACGUAACCCUUAGAUUUUUUUUUAAUUAUCUCAGGAAAAGAAAUAAUCUUAGCAAAAUAAAUUAAUCUUAGGAAAAUAAAUUAAUCUUAGGAAAAUAAAUUAAUCUAAGGAAAAGAAAUAAUCUUAGGAAAAUAAAUUAAUCUAAGGAAAAGAAAUAAUCUUAGGAAAAUAAAUUAAUCUUAGGAAAAUAAAUUAAUCUUAGGAAAAUAAAUUAAUCUUAGGAAAAUAAAUUAAUCUUAGGAAAAGAAAUUUAUCUUAGGAAAAGAAAUUAAUCUUAGGAAAAGAAAUUAAUCUUAGGAAAAGAAAUUAAUCUUAGGAAAAGAAAAGUCCUAGACUAAGUCAUAAGAAAGAAAACAUUUCACUUAACACACAAAAAAAAAAAACAGGCCAUUUAUUCUCUGGUCAUUGUCCUAGGCUGAAUUGAUGUGUUACUUGAACAUAUUCCAAUCCAUAUUUUCAACUUGCUAUCAAUUACAGACUUGUAAAUACCAGAACUAUUGCAUGAUGUCUUUCUUGUAAACAUUUAUUAAACAUGUUAUUUAACACUUCAUAA